AUGAAUUCCUUCUGGCACUUCAGUGUACUGGAGGAAGCUUGGAGAUAUUCUGGCAGGAAGCUAUACAGUGAAGAUGAGAUAGUGUGGCAUGGGGGGCUCGAAGGUGACAAUGAGUGUCCGUCAAGGGACCUCAAGCUUGGCCGAGGAUUUAGGAAAAUGCUCGAACAUAAUGACAUAGUAGUAAUUGAGGCACAACACCAUGAUAGGGGCCGUGAGGAGAUUUUAGAGUGUACGCUGCUCAUGUCAGAAGGAGAGGAGUUCGGUAAUACAUACUCAUGGACCAGCUCUAUUAUCUUGGUAACCUAG